AUAGAAUCGUUGUAUAAAAUUUUCUUCUACGUGUCCCAGUCCUGCUCCAUUUGGCGCAUGCCAUUGUGUAGAGCGCACGCGUCCAGCUUUCCAUAGGACAGAUAGCAUGCAGUGUCCAAUCAACGCAAGGUAAAUGCAAUGCGACUCAUGCGAGCCCUGUCCCCCCAAUGUCCACCUUUAAAAUCCUCUUUGCAAGGCUUGUAUCACUUCGCACAAACCAUGCAUUUCUCCUUCGUCGUCGUCGACUGCUGCCCUCAAUAUCUCUGUGCUUCAACGUCGUCUCCCGGUUACAAAGUGUGCAAUCAUUAGGCUACCGAUGUGCUGGCGGCCUGUCCAUGAGUACAUCUAGACGUUCGUUGCUGACUUGGUCAAUGUGUCAGUUAUUCCUAGAGUCUGGAUGUUUUUCCCUGCUUCAUGGGCCGUAGAGGCGCCUUUGAAUUAGUUUGAAUACUCAAUAUUGAAUAAAUUGAAGAGAUGCGAGGAGCAAUUUCGGGGUCCAGAUUUGUGCUGUGUCAUUCAUCGGCAGAACUUGAGUACUUGAGUGUCCAUCACCAUAUGUACAUAGCGGCUGC